GUGCCAUCUGCCGGCACGAGGUGGAAGUGGUAUCCCUGCCGUGAUCUUAGCACGUGAGGACGGCUUCCUUGUCCUUCUUCGCAUAUUUUUAGUAAUACAUCAUGCCGUCCGACGCCAAGAAAAAGAGAGAUCAGAAGAAGAAGGAAGCAGCCAAGGCCAAGGCAAGCGGCAAGAAAAUAGAGCCUAAGGAGGACAAGAAGCCCCAAGUCAAUGGAUCUGCAAACAACUCUAAGAAAAAUUCAAGAGAAACCACACCCAUGACAAAUGGCAACUCUGAGGCAGCAGAGAACCUAAGCGCAGAAGAACUGCUUUGCCGCCGUCUCGAAGAAGACAUGAAAAUUGCUGCUCAAGCACGAUCAUGCACUGGUGUCCUGGGUAUCCACUCACGUGCUCGGGAUGUUAAGAUUGACAACUUUUCCAUCACUUUCCAUGGUUCAGAGAUGCUGCAGGACACCAAGCUUGAGUUGAAUUGUGGACGAAGAUAUGGACUAAUUGGAGAAAAUGGUUGUGGCAAGUCCACUCUGCUAGCAACAAUAGCAAAUAGGGAGGUGCCUAUUCAAGAUCACCUUGACAUCUUCCACUUAGUAAGAGAAAUGCCAGCAUCAGACAAGACUGCGCUUCAGUGUGUUAUGGAGGUUGAUGAAGAGAGAAUACGCUUGGAGGCUUUGGCUGAAGAGUUGGCGAUGAGUGGAGAUGAUGAGUCUCAGGAACAACUUAUGGACGUCUAUGACCGUUUGGAUGAAAUUGGAGCCGAUACAGCCCAGGCCAAGGCUGCCUAUAUUCUUCAUGGUCUUGGCUUCACCCAUGCCAUGAUGGAGAAGGCUUGCAAAGAUUUCUCUGGAGGAUGGCGAAUGAGAAUUGCUCUUGCUCGUGCUCUGUUCGUCAAGCCCCAUAUUUUGCUCCUUGAUGAACCUACCAAUCACUUGGAUUUAGAUGCCUGUGUGUGGCUGGAAGAGGAGUUGUCGAAAUAUAAGCGUAUUUUGGUCAUCAUAUCUCACUCGCAGGAUUUCUUGAAUGGUGUUUGCACAAACGUUAUCCACAUGGAGAAAAAGAAGCUGAAGUACUAUGGUGGUAAUUACGAUGCCUUUGUACGAACAAGAAUUGAACAACUUGAGAAUCAAAUGAAGCAGUAUCAGUGGGAGCAGGACCAGAUUGCUCAUAUGAAGAACUACAUUGCGAGGUUUGGUCACGGUUCGGCUAAGCUCGCACGUCAGGCACAGUCCAAGGAAAAGACCCUGGCUAAGAUGGUAGCAGGUGGUCUUACUGAGAAAGUUUCUAGGGACAGGACACUUACCUUCUACUUCCCAGAGUGUGGGACAAUUCCCCCUCCAGUAAUCAUGGUACAGGACGUCAGUUUCCGCUACAAGGAGAGCACACCGUACAUUUACAAGAAUCUGGAAUUUGGUAUCGAUUUGGACACGAGGCUUGCCUUGGUAGGGCCAAAUGGUGCAGGAAAGUCAACCCUUCUAAAACUUCUUUAUGGAGAUCUGACCCCAACUCAAGGCAUGAUCCGUAAAAAUUCCCACUUGAGAAUUGCUCGUUAUCAUCAGCAUCUCCAUGAACUUCUUGACCUUGAUCUUUCUCCAAUUGAUUACAUGAUGACUCAGUUCCCAGAGCUGAAGGAACGUGAUGAGGUACGAAAAAUUAUCGGGCGCUACGGAUUAACUGGGAAGCAGCAAGUAUCACCUAUUCGUCAGUUGAGCGAUGGACAGCGUUGUCGAGUCGUGUUUGCAUGGUUGUCUCAUCAAAACCCUCACUUGCUCCUACUUGACGAACCUACAAAUCACUUGGAUAUGGAAACCAUUGAUUCUUUGGCCGAUGCAAUUAAUGACUUCGAUGGAGGCAUGGUCUUGGUUUCUCACGACUUCAGGCUGAUUUCUCAGGUGGCGGAAGAGAUUUGGAUUUGCGAGAAGGAGACUGUGACCAAGUGGGAAGGAGACAUUUUGUCAUACAAGGAAAUGCUGAAGAAGAAGGUUCUAAAGGAUAAUGAAAAGAGAAGGAAAAUGUUCUAAUUGGAAGUAAACUACUUAAAUAUUAUUUUGGAAAUCACAAAAGGAUUUAAAAGAAUUUGGAGAGUAAAGAAUGAUCCACCCAAAUUUAAAGAUACAUACUUUGUGCAACUAAAUUGCUUGUUCUUGGGCAAGUCACUUAGAAAUUCCUUUUGAUCAUAAAAAAUAUAAAUAUAUAUCGUGUAUUAUUAUUAUUAUUAUUAUUAUUAUUAUUAUUUUUUUUUUUUUUUUUUUUCAUCUUUUAUGGUGUUUUGAGAAUGUCAUAGUGUUGAUCAUUGUCUAUCAGGAAAAAUUUAUAAUUGGCAUGCUCUUUAGUGAUGCAUUUAUUUCCUGUAUGUGUGGUGUGAUAUCAAAAUUUAUUUUUCUUUUUUGAAAGUAACAGCUUAACAUAUUUGAAUAUUUCACUGACCAUUUGUUGAUCAUCUUUGAUAUGGAAAUCAGAGCUAAUCAGGUAGAUCUGGGAGACAAUAUGAAAUAAAUAUGUAUAAAAUGUAUAAUAUCUGUGUACUGAAGACUGUUAUCACUGUGAUCGUGUGUGGUUAUUUCUGAAAGGGUGCAAGAGCUUUUUUUUCUUGAAUUUUUCUUUUUCUGAAAGCAGUUGACAGAGUGAGAGAAAUAGAAAGUUUAUUUUAUCAUUUGCACAAAUGUCACUCUUCCAUUGGAGAUUUAGGGCAAUUGAUUUCUUUUACAAUGUUCAGUAUCUAACCUUUUGAAAGAAGGGGCUUGCAUGUAUCCCCAACUUUAUGUACUGGUAUAUUUGUAAAAUUGUAAUACCCUUGACAGUUUGCUGUUCUUGUAGAUGUGACGGAGUUGAAUAAUUGAUAUUUUUAUUUUAUGUAUAUUCUUUACUCUAAUAAAAAUCAGAAGAGUAUGUUGUAGUUAGCCAUCUGUCAAAAUUGAAGAGGCACCUUUUCUUGAUUGGAUUGAAAAUAAAAUGAAAAAAAGGAAAUCAACACUUCGGUUUUAUGUAUGUUUAUUUGCAAGGCAUUUUGUGUGUUGAUGUGAUACAUGUAUUUUCCAGAUUUGUUAAAUCUAAAGAGUUCUGUGUAAUGAGUAUUAGUUUGAGUGAUGAGUCUGUGUAAGAAACAUUUAACUUGAAAUUGUUUGGGACAUUUUUAAAUUAAAAUAUAUGCUAGAAAUAUAUGUUACCACUUCUAGAUUUAUGUUUGCAGUUAUACUUGCCCUAGCCAUUUUGUUGUGCAAGCAGAAUGGUCCCAUUUAACUGUAACAGACUAGUCCCAGAAUGUUGGCAGGAAUAGUUUAACUUUUCAUUAUAUUCUUUUAGCCUAUUUGUUCUGCUUAUUUUCGAACAUGCAAAAAUAUAUCCUAAAAUCUCGUCUCGGCCAAGCUUCGUAACUUUCCAGAGGUAGAGGGGUCUAAGACUCUUGUCUGAUUGAGAGGUGUACAAGUUCGAAACUUCUAUACCAAGGAAGCAGGAGUAGACUGUAUCGUUCCACAAUAUUUAUAAGUGACUGUAUGCAUACAUAUUCCCUAACUGCAUCCUCUUAUUAUUUAUACAUUUUUCAUAUCAAGGCUUAUGCAGAUAGACCUACAUCUGCGCUUAUUUCUCUUUCAACCAUACAAUUAGGUAAAUGGAUAAAAGAUAUUGCAUGAUUUAAUUAUAGUCUCUUCAAAUUGGCUUGUGACAUUACUGUGAAAGUUUUUUAGGCCGUUCUUGCAAUGCCUAAAGCUUUGUUGGUUAUACAACAAAUACUAGAUUGUACAGUACUUACUCUCUUGCAAGUAAAAGAUGACAAACUAUUGUGCAUUCUCUUUAUAAAACAAGCCUGUUUGUAUAUUAGCAUUGCACACUAUGUAGUGCCAAUGUUCUGUAAAGACUUUUGGCUAACAAACACAGUUUACUGUGUAAAAAUUAUAAGCAUCUUUUAGAUGUAUAUCUAUACAAUAUAUCCUGGGAUGUAGAAUUGAGAAAACAAAAGUUCAGUAAAAUCUAAUCAACA